GCGGUUCGCGUGGCCUGACCAUCAAACAAAUGGAAAAAUAAACUCUACAAUUACAACAACAAUAAUAAUAUAACUUAAAAAACGCGAGUCGUUCUGGCGACUCAUCACUUUGUAACCCAGUGACGAAGUUCAAAAAAUAAUUUCCGCUCAAACUAAUCGCCGAUUUAAUUACGAAUAUUAAAAACUGUCGUAAUAAAUAUGAGACAAGGAUUUUCUAAAUGUAUAUAUAUAUAUUUUCUGGCGAGGUCUUUGGGCUGUUAAUUUAAAUAAAUAAUUAAUUUCACGGCAACAUAAAUUAUUGAUCCCGAAUGAAAAUAUUUAUCGACAUUUAAUGAUAAAUAUUUAAUAAUAAUAACAGUCAAAAAAAUAUAUAACAAAACCCCAGUGGCCUAUUAAAUAAUUGAACCAGCAAAAUGUACUCGAAAGCUGGGCUUAAAUUAAUAACAAAAUAUAAUACAGCACUCACGGUUAUUAAAUAUUGCGACCACUCAGUAUUUAUGGAUUAAAAUAUUUAUUUGCUUUAAUUAAAUUACUUUAAGUUUUUAAUUAUGGAGAUUAUCAGACGGGAUUGUAUUUAAUAAUUAAUUAUCUGUAUUAAAUAACUAAUUAAUUAAUUAAUGAUGUAUUGCGUGGCAUGAUUUUGUGAGUAAUUAAACUGGGGAGGAAAAUAAAGCAUCGCCGUGAAAGCUGAAGGAGGCUCGAGAUUUUCUGGAUAAACUAAAUCUGAUAAGAAGUAAAGAGAGCGAGUACUAAAUUUGAGAAGGUAAUGCGUGGCAGCAGUUCAGAAUUAUUGCUGGAUGCAAGCGGGCAAAGUCAUCGAACAACGACCACUGGGACGAUCACGGGUACGACGACGAUCCACAAUCUAUACAGCGGAGUAAACAAUAAUCACAACAGCAGCAGUAGUGGCGGCAUAUACGAUAAACAGGAGCAGGCAGAAUUACGUCGUCGCAAACUGUUGGAGCUCGGGUUUGGCGCUUCCAGGCGCCAGCCGCAACGGCGAACUUGCCGUCAGCGGUUUAAUUUCUACGCGACCUCGGCACUGGCACUAGUUGCAACCUCCGGUGGUGCUGCAUUAUUAUUUUUAGUUCCGCUUUAUGUUGAUCCCGCGAUAAGCACUCUCGCUGCUGACUUUUCGCCUCACCCUGUACUCUGUACUACGCUGAGGAGGGAAGAAAUUCUCGGGAUAUUUAAUUGCACUUGGAGUUCAUGUCGAGAGGGAUGCACUAGUGAUGUUUACAGAUGUACUCACAUUUAUGUUACUUACUCGCCGGAACUUAAUUUUACCAACAGUAGUUUGUGGACUGACAAAAAUAUUUAUGACGGUCUAACGGAAGUGGAGGCAGUGCUGAAGGUUAAUAUAAAAGGAUGUGGUUAUCCACCGGUAGUUGAUUGUGAUAACUUCACCCGCGAGCUCGGCUACGAAGGUGCUAAAUUUCCAUGUCACUACAGCCGCGUGAAUGGGAGCAUAGUGAUGGCUAAUUACAAUCGCGAAGCGGAGCUUGAAAUAAUAAUUCAUUUUUUCGCGGCGCCCUUUGUAGUGACACUCGCGACGAGUGUCGCGCUUUGUGUUAUGCACUGCGAUUGCCGGUGUGUGGCACCCUCCCCUCGCCAUGCACGUGGUAUGAGAAAAAUCCGAAUAAAUAAUCUCAGCGAUCAAUCGAUAAGCAAUAGAGUGGACCGAAGAGGACAUCAUGCCCACUGCGACUGCGGAGAAGUUACACGGCCGUUAUGACGAAGGGAGGAAACGACUGAAAGUGUCAUAGCAACAUCUCAGUCGGACCUCUAACAUUAAAUACUAGAUAUUAGACACUAAAUACUGAUUGUUAGAUACUAAAUACUGGACACUGAGUACUGGAAACUAGAAAAAUGAAACGUCUACUUGGAUCUUCCACUUGGAUUAAGAAAACUGUUACGGCUAGUCAGUAAUUGACGAUUUACUAUUGACUAUUAAUUAAUUUAUUAAAAGUGACACAUAUAAACAUUAUUAAAUUCAAACUGGAGUGAAUAGUUUGUAAGUUAGCUCAUAAAUUUAUUUAAUUGUCUACUUAUUUAGUUUGUGACUAAUUUCGAAAUUAGGACAUAUGAAAAAUAAUAAUAUAUAGGAAUCAAAAAGCAGGUGACUGCUAAGCUAAUGUGCUUACAAUAUAAUAUAUACUUGAUAUGAGGGUAUAUAUAUAUGUAUGAGUAUAUACAUGUGAAAUCGCACUUGAGCUUGAGAGUGUGCUGCACCGGUAUUGAUUGAUGCAAUAAUAAUGAUGGUGAGGGAUGCCGUGAAUUACGAUAUAUGUCAGCGCUGUCGUUAUGUAAUAAUCAUAAUAGAUAGAUAGAUUCUAUGAUAAUUCAAAUAAUUGUUAUUAUUUUUUUUGAAAUAUUUUGUUUAUAAUAAAAGUCAUUUUUUAUUUUUAUUGUCUAAUAUUUCGUACAGAGUAAAAAACUAAUCGUCAAAGUGUAAAAAAAGCGUGUGUUAAAAUUCUGUUGAAUUUUUAACACUUUUGUGUGUCAAUUUAACACGGUAUUUAUCUUGUUUGAACUGUCGUAAUCGAUUGAUUUUUUGACACACAAUGUCAUUCUAUACGAAAGUAACACUUUUUAUAUGUUACUGUCAAAUCAACACACAAAAUAUGUUAAAAAUAAUGUCGACCGUCACAAAAGAAUUAUUGGAAAAUUUUCACUUUUAACAUAUACGUGUGUAACUUUUUUUAACACCACGACAUGCUAAAGUAACAUGUAAAUGUUCGUUUUACACACGGUGUGGGUUGAUUUUGACGAAUCCUUUUUUACUGUGUACUGUAAAAAAAAACGAGGUCAGUCCAGGUGGUGUAGGUGGUAAAAUUUUCGGUGUUGAAAUAUCACCGCCACUGGUGUAAAUAUUCUUUACCGGUGUUAAAAAAAUUUUCAGGUGUUAAAAUAUUUAACUUUGUGAAUAUUUUUACUCACUCGAUCACUAGAGUUAAACAGUAAUUUUAUUAAUCGAUUAAAUUAUUGGUUAUUGAAAUAAUGGGGGUAAAAUUGUGUAAUUUUUAAAUAAAUUACGUAUAACAUUAAUAAAUAUAUAACAAAAUUGAAAUUUCCUCCAGAUAAUAUUCAUUAAAUUUUGAUAUUAUUUUAUAUGUGAGACAUUUUUUUUUCUAAUUUCUAUAUAUAGAAUUUUUCUUUACACCAAUUUAACACUGGUAUUUUAACACCGCUCUUUUUACAGUGCAGUUUUUCUUAUUAUUUUGGCAAUUAUGACUAAACUAUGAAAAAUAUGACUAAAAUGCAAGAGACCAAUUUUUUAGGGAAUUUAAUUUGUAAUAAAUUUGUUCAUACAUAAUUUUUCGAUAUCUUUGAUAGUUUAGCUAGAAUUUUAAAUUUAAUAAAUAAAUUUUAAAAGAGCUAAAUUAAUUUUUGUAAAUCGAAUAUUUUAAUUUAGAAUUUAAAUUCUGAGCAAACUAUUGGAGAUACGAUAAAAAUACAUGAGAUCAAUUUUGUAGGAAAUUUAAUUUUAUAUGAAUUUGUACUCAUACAUUUUUACCGUAUUUUUUAUAAUUUAACCGUAAUUUGAAUUCCGAGGACUAAAUAUAUGAAUUUAAAAAAAUAUCUCUAAUUUCGAAUUAAAAUUUCGACUAGUUAAUUGACAAAAAAAAAUAUAUACCAAUAAUAUGACUAUUAAAAAUAAUAAUAAAAUCAAAUGAAACUUUUGGAGUCUCGAAAAAGGAGGAUACUAUAAAAAAAAGUAGUUUGUUCUUCAUAUCCUUGUAUACGAAAAAUGAAAAAAUAAAAAAAAAUAGUCUUUAGAUAUAUGUGUAUACAAUAUAUUGAAAAAAAAAAUAAUAAUAAUAAAAA